AUGAGAGCUCUCUUGUUAUUUAGUAGUUUGAUAAGUGGAUCUUUAGCACUUAUUAGAGACACUGGCGAAGAAUGCAUAGUGGUUACGCCCAUCGGUAACACAGUUGUAAAAGCUGGAGAAAAAAUGAAAAUACAGUGGUCUCAUUCGCAUAUAGAAGCGUUUGAAAAUAUCUAUCUGACCCAAACGGAUGGUGCUCAGAAGUCAGUUAUUAUCGCAUCUAAUGUACGAACAGAUCAAAGAAAGAUCACUGUCGAUCUCCCCAGGACACUUCUUCCUUCUAAUGCAUAUCGUUUGACAUUAGGUGAGCCACCUCAUCACUGUACUGUAGGAAAAUUGCGAAUCGUAGCAGCAACACCAGUAAUGGGUGAUCCAAACAAUUCUGAAAACGUUACGACAAUGCCUGGAGUUUAUCCUAAAGAGGAAGAUGGGGCAAGACAGCUAACGAACCAUGAUGCUAUCUUGUUGACUGGUUUAUUGGGUAUUGUCUAUAUAGUUUUACAAUUCCAUUUGAUGUGA